GGCAGUCCGCUUCCGUAAAGAUCACAGCCUUGGAACCCCUGUAGGGCAGUUCUGCUCUGUCCUACAGGGUCGCUACGAGUCAGAAUCAAUUCGAUGGCAACACGUUUGGUUUGGUUUUUUGGUUUCCGGGCCUGGGACGCGCGGCAGGCCGCUCGCAGCCCCGGAAGCGCAUCCUCGCCUUCUCUCGCCUUCCUGUCCGCGGCUGUGCGGGGCUCCGCGCGUCUCCAGCGUCUCGCAGUCUGCGCCCGCCCUGCCCGAGCCGAGGGCACCCGCGCGCCCAGCGCUGCUGCUUGGAUCCCGCAUCCAUCGGCGGCCGCGAUACUUGGAAACCUUUCCCGGAACAGUGUGAGGGAGGCAGAAGUGCCCCCUGGACUAGCAAAUCCACCUGUCAAAUACUGCUGCCAUCAUGCCCAAGCGAAAGGCCAAAGGGGAUGCUAAAGGUGACAAAGCGAAGGUGAAGGAUGAGCCACAGAGGAGAUCAGCACGGCUGUCUGCUAAACCUGCCCCUCCAAAACCAGAGCCCAGGCCUAAAAAAGCCCCUACGAAGAAGGGAGAGAAACUUCCCAAGGGGAGAAAGGGAAAAGCAGAUGCUGGUAAACAUGGAACCAACCCUGCAAAAAACAGAGAUGCCUCUACAGUCCAGGCACAGAAAGCGGAAGGCACUGGAGAUACAAAGUGAAGUAUACAUUUUUGAUAGCUCUGUAGUUCUAAUGACUGCUGUUUGAAAUACUUUUUUUUUUUUUUAAAUCAAGUUUUGUAAAAAUGUAGAAUUUUGGUUUAGUUUUUUUUUUUUUUUUAAGUUAUAUUAUUAGCAUACAGAAUGCUUCAUUGUUGUCUCUUGUGGAAAGGGCAAAUACCACUAAUAGAAUGUGUCUCAGAAGCUGGAUUGAAAUGGAAGAAAAUAGGAUUUUCUGUCCUGGGUUUUGAGGAUUGCUCUUGGUCAUCAUGAGGGAUUCCCUCACAUCUGCACAUCAGGCCACUUUGACACAGAAACCUUGUGUGGUUGUUGGGGGCAGGGGCAAAACUUCACAUCCUCUUCUCCUUCCCUGAUGCCAUCAUCAUAGACUUGACUUCCUCAAACAAGAGUCUUGAUGUGGCCCUGGCACCCCUAAAAUUAACAGUGUCAGGUCACAAUACUCAGGCAAUACAGACUUUCUGGUGAUGACAUCAAGAUGGUGUUGCUCGGAAGAUCCACAGUUCCUGUUUUUAGUUUGUGAAUCCUCCCAUUGAGAAUUCUGCACUUUUAGUUCAUUUCUUCCACGUCAGAGUUGGCCUGUGAAGAGCUCUUAAACUACAUGCCUCUUGUGACAUGUUCACCCCCCUGAAAACUCUUCCUGUUCAGAGCAGCAAAAAAAGGACUUUGUUGACUUUUACGGUGACUUUUUCCAGAGGGGAAUUUGGGAGUUUAAAAUGUUAUUGAUUGUCACCCAUGUCCUGGUGGGAGUAACAUGAUUGUUUUUGAAAAGUAUUUUAUAAAGCUGAAUACAGAUUGCUUGGGAGGGGAAAUCAUCUCCUAUCUGAAGCCAGAAAGAUAUUCUCCUGUACUGCCUUGUAAAGUUUUGUAGUAUUGAUUUUCACAUUUGCCUUUUGUCUGCUCUGAUUUUUGUGAAAAAUAUGAGGUAGAAGUCCAAUUUAAUAUUUUUUCCAUAUGAGUAAGUAGUUGUCUCGGCUCCAUUUACUGAAAAGUUCAUCCUUUCCCAACUGAUCUAUGACAUUAGCUGUCUCAUAGAUCAAGUUUCUGAGUAUGUGUGUGUAUGUGUGAGUCUGUUGUUUGGCUCUAUUCUGACAUACUGGUAUUUAUCUAGCCUUGUGCCAGCACUAUACUAUCCUGAUUAUUACACUUUUUAAAAAAGAUUUUAAUAUUAGAGUACAAAUCCCACCUCCACCCUCAACAUCACCAUCAAAUUUUUCCUUCUCGGGAGUGUCUUGGCUGCUGUUAGCCAUCUGCUCUUCCAAGUUCUAUAUCAAACAACAAAACAAACUUGUUGGGAUUUUGAUUGAAUUUCUAUUGAAUUUAUAGAUUAAUUUGGGGAUCCAUGUCAUCUUUACAAUAUUGAGUCUUCUAAUCCAUGACCAUGGUAUAGCUUUCCAUUUAUUUAGGCCUUUUAAAUGUCUUUCAAUAAAAUUUUAUAAUUUUCUUCAUAAAUGUCUUCUUUUGUUAAUAUUUCCUAGGGACUUUAUAUUUUUUGAUCCUAUUUUGUAUGGUAUGUUUUUAGUUAC